AUGUUCUUCACUUUUUUGAAAAAUUAUCUUCCCAUCCCUCAAACCACGCAGUCUACCACUGGCACAGCUACCACCACCCCAACCUCAGAGCCCAAGAGAGCCUUCAUCCUAGCCAACACCUCAUACUCUGCCUGCUGCAUCGAUGAGAUUACCGCAGAACACUGUGCUGCCGAUGUUCUCGUGCACUACGGCCGCUCAUGUCUUUCACCCACCACCCGCCUACCGGGAAUCUAUGUCUUUACCUCAAGCCCUCUAGACCUCACCCAUGCCGCUAGCACAUUCUGCAACACAUUCUCGUACAAGUCACAAAAGGUGAUCAUAAUGGCAGAUGUCACAUAUUCUUCUCACGUCGGGCCUUUACACAAGAUUCUGCAAGGAAUGGGGUACACUAAUGUUUAUUCAACAGAGGUAAUACAUGACCCAUCAGCUCAAAUUCGCAACAGGGGCCCUCCUCCAAACUGCUUAGCAGAAGAAAGAAAAGGAAAAGAGGAGGGAGAAGAGGGAGGAUUAAAGUCAUACUCCCUAUUCCACAUCUCCCCCCCACUCUCCUCCCUCCUCUAGGUCCUAAACUCCCACGUCCACUCAAUCCACAUAUAUGACACAACCACUACUCUGCCAACCUACAACCGAGAAACCAUCUCCAUCCUCCUCCGCCGGCGAUAUGCCCUCCUCUCCCAUGCUGGCAACGCAAAUGUUAUAGGAAUUCUAGUCAACACUCUAAACGUAAAAAAUUACCUCCCGGUUAUAUCAAUGCUGAAACGACAGAUCUGGGAUGCUGGGAGGAUAAGUUACUUAGUUGUCGUUGGUAAGGUCAACGUCGAGAAGGUGGCGAAUUUUGCCGAGGUAGAGGUUUGGGUAGGUGUAGGCUGUUGGGAACAGGGGAUUGUAGGGGGUGGUACGGAAGGGAGUAGCAGGGGAUUUUUCAGGGGCGUGGUGACCCUGUUCGAGAUUGGAAUUGCACUUAGCAGGAAAGAUGGGUGGGGGUGGACCGGCCUCUGGGUGUCUGAUUUCGAAAGUUUGCUUAAGAUGGAUGGGGAUACGAAGCUUGCGGCUGCUGCUAGCGGCAAAGAGGUAGAUGUUAGUGAAGAGGGUAGGGAGGAGGGAGCAGACGAAGAGGAAGACGAACCCCCAGAAUUCGACCUACAUACCGGCAGAUACGUAACUACCCCCCGUCACAUGCCUCGAAAACCCCACCCCAUAAAAUACUCUCAUGAUCCCUCCACCCCCUCGUCUGUAUUAAUACAUACCUUGAAUUCAUCAAAACAACUAAGCAGUGCCAUUAGGGGGGUAGUUUCUCCGGCUGCACGGUUUUUGAAAGAUAAGCGCUCAUGGAGAGGCCUAGGCAGUGACAUACUGAUUAAGUAUGAGGAAGAUGAGAAUGGGAAUGAUGGAUUUGGCGCUGUGGUAGAGGCCGGUAGGAGUGGGGUUGCGAGAGGAUAUACUAUUGGUGGGGAGGGGGAGAGACGGUGA